AUGUCAGACAUUCUACAUGAAAAGACCGCUCCUUUGGGAGAUAGUCCUGCUCCAGUCGGAACUCUCAAUGAGAAACUUGACGCCGGCACUGUAGCACCUUCUCCUCCCAACGUUGAGAACGUCGUGACCAAAGAUGGCAUUCGCGUUCAUCCACAACCCACAACAGAUCCUUUGGAUCCCUUGAAUUGGAGUUUUUUCCAAAAGCAUUCAAUUCUCGCGAUUGUUAUGCUCAAAUACUUCCUCUUCACAUUCCUCACUACCAACACUGUGCCGAGUUUUCCUGAUUUACAGGAAGGCUUCAAUCUUUCAUAUUCACAGGUGAACUGGACAGUGGCCAUCCCAGCUCUCGGGCUAGCUGUUGGUCCCUUGAUAUGGUCUGGUCUGGCGGACAUCUACGGUCGUCGCAUUGUUUUCAUCCUAGGAACACUGAUGGCUUUCGCUGCUACAGUCGGCGCUGCCAAAGCUUCAGACUACGGCGGCUAUAUGGCUGCGCGUUUCUUCCAAGGGCUAGGAGUGUCGCCGGCCUCGACAGUCGGCCUCGCUGCUAUCAAUGACAUGUUCUAUGAGCACGAGCGUGGCCAAAAGAUCGGACUUUGGGUUCUAGCUAUCGAUGCGGGUCUACUUGUCGGCCCUAUCUUUGGAGGUUUCCUAAACAUCGUAUCUGCAGAGUGGAUUCAAUGGUUCACCGCUAUUCUCUUCGGUGCACUGCUUGGCCUCGAAAUUCUCUUCAUGCCCGAGACCUUGUACCCGAGAAACAGCAUGCUAAAGCAAUUGCCCAUGGUUACUGCUUCAGACGAUGCGACUGCAGACAUCGAGAAAGUGGGCCGUCGGAGAAGUGAUGCCAGCAUAGUCAACCUACCACGAACUAAGAAGCUGCCAUAUGUCAACUACAAACCGGUUCCAGGGAUGCGCCAUCCAAAGUUAUGGGACCCAGCAUUGCGAUUCAUACUGACAUUCAAGUUUCUCGCCGUCACCAUUUGCGUAUUCACUUACUGCUUUAUGUGGUACUGGUGGGUCCUCAGCGUCAUUACCAUGUUGCCGGCCGCAUAUCUCGAUUACAAACCCCAGAUUCAAGGACUGCUGUUCAUCGGUCUCCUCCUCGGCACACUAUUUGCGGAGCUGUUCCUUGGAGGUCGCCUUAGCGACUACGUUUGCGCCAAACUCGCAGAGAAGAAUGGCGGUGUCCGAAUGCCAGAAAUGCGCCUCUGGCUGAUCUACCCUGCUGGUAUUCUUUCAGGAGUCGGACUGAUCAUUUGGGGAGUCAGUGUCGACAAAGGAUACCACUGGAUUGUAGGUCAAGUGGCAUUCUUUCUCUUCGCUGCUGGUAUUCAAAUGGGCAACACUGUUGUGUGUUCAUACAUCGUCGACUGCUACCCACUGCAAAGCAUGAGCAUUGUAACAUACUAUGCUGUACUCUUGAACUUGUCGGCUUUCAUCGACCCUUUCUUCAUUGCACCCUGGCAAGCUGACUCAGGCUGGACCUGGUGCUUCGCUGCACAAGGAAUCAUUGUCAUCUGUGGCGCAUUGCCUGUGUUUGCGCUUCUGCAUAGGUACGGCCCGCUCUUGAGAGCUAAGAGUGGAACACCUAGUUGGGUCAAUCCCGAGUUUGAUACCUUACAGUAA